AGAUAAGGACAAAUACGAAUGAAGUCUAUCUCUAGAAUCCGCGUAUCCUAAUUAACCGUCUUCAUAUAUAAUUUAUUAUUUAUCUCUAUCAUGAUUGGCCCAUUUAAUAAACGCGUACAAUCAAUACUUAUCAUUUUAUACGUUUACGUCGUAGAAGUCAGAACUAAAGAACCGGCUCGUGUUGGUUUGAAGUAGAUGUGUUGCAGAGUAGCGAUAUCCCGCGCUCGAUAAAUUGUUUUAGUGAUAUACUUUUUACGACAUUACAGAUGAUGGUAAAAUCGAAACGAUUGAAUUUGAAGAUAAAAAAAGAUGGAGAUUUUAUUCCACCGGAUGGGGGUUGGGGAUGGAUGAUAGUUCUAGCAGCCGGAUUUUCUAACUUGUCAACACUGCCUAUGCUACAACAGUUUGGGUUGCUGUUCCGGGACAAAUUUUCGCGGCUGGGCAUCACCAGCUCGGAGACGACGACCAUCAUCAACAUGAACUCCGCGCUGACCUCUUGCGUCGGAUUAGCGAAUGGUCCUGUCUUUAAAAUCUUCAGCUAUCGCCAAGUGUCGCUAACUGGAACGAUCGUGGUGUUUAUAGCGUUGGUAUUAACCGCAUUUUCCUACAACUUUGUGACGUAUUUGAUAUGUUUCUCAAUUCUUUAUGGUGCUGGAUAUGGUAUAAGCAGUUCAGCCAAUGCUUUAGCUCUAAACACGUAUUGGAGAAAUAGAAGAAGAUUGGCUACGGGAUUAUCAUGGACUACAACAGGUUUAGGUCCAAUCGUAUGGCCGCAUAUUAUAACUGCACUGUUUGCUUCCUUUGGCGAAACGGGUACUAUUCUUAUUAUAAGCGGAUUUGCAUUACAUUCAGUAGCCUGCGCUCUUCUACUACAGCCAGUUGAAUGGCAUUCUAAAUCACCAGAUUCUAAAGAUCAAGAUGAAGAGCAAUUAUUAGCCCCAAAUGCACAAACAGACAAUGUACCUAAUGAUAAGAAUGUUCAGGAGAGUGGUUAUUUCAGUCAAGUUUCCAAGAUAAAAAACCUUAGUCUUUUUUCGAGCCAAUAUCUGUAUAACGAAGAUGAUCCAGUGACACCUGGGUAUGAAAUAACUGAUCCUGGAGUGCCUAUGAUGUUGCGAGCGAAUGACGGAUAUUUUAGUCAAUCAAGGCAAUCGCGAAGUAAGUUAUCGUCCAGAGAAGGAUCUGCUAAAACAUCUCGGCUGAAUUCAAAAAAAACAUCUAUGUCUAAUUUAUUAGAAAAUCGUUCAAGAAAAUCAUCAACAUUAUAUCUAAACGAAUCCAAAAAAAAUUCAUCUGCUAAUUUAGGCGCUCUGAUGCUGGACCGUGAAUCCAAACAAACAAAUAAGCCCAAACGUAAAACUUCAAUAACACUGAAUACUCAGAUUGAAGAAUCAGAAAUAGAAGAUUGCCCAACAUUAAAAGCCCCUCAAGACUUAAAAGCAGAUGAAAAGGCUGUAGUAGAAAAGAUAGAUCCAAAAAAAGCAAAAUAUAUUGCGGAUAGAGCAGAAAAGCAUUUAGCGGGAACGAAAAGUCUCAAAUCUUUUAAAAUGGAUGGACAAUAUAGCGAAAAGUAUCAGAAAGAUAAUCACAGCAAUAUUUCAUUAAAGAAUCAAAACGAAUCGGAAGAGCGAAAAUAUCUAAAAGACAAUCAUAGCAAUCAGUCAAUUCGCACAAAACAUAGACGGAAAUCUAAUAAUUUUAAUUAUGAAAGUGAAGUACUUAAGCAAGCCUCUUUAAAAUUAGAGCAAUACUUAAAAGAAAAUCAAGACGAUUAUCAAUCAAAUAAGUUUAAGCUCUUGGUAAACAGUCCUUCAGAGGACGAAGUUUUUGAAGAAAAGGUUGAAGGAAAAAAUGAAGAUAAAGAAGACGAAGAACCUGAUUUAACAUUCUGCCAAAAAGUUGCAAUGUUUUUUGACUUAGAUCUUCUAAAAGAUUUUACAUUUAUCAAUCUAAUGCUGGGCAUUACUUUGGCUAACUUUAAUGAAUUAAACUUUUCAAUCUUGACGCCGUUUAUUCUCGGUGAUUAUGGGAUGACGAAACCUGAAGUAGCUUUCUUCAUGUCACUAUUAGCUGGAGUAGAUAUUUGCGUUAGAUUUUGUAUUCCAUUUGUGGCUGGAAAGAUUGGAUGGGAUAACAACUCUUUUUUCUUAUUUGGUGUUUUAUCGAUGGCCAUGGGUAGAGUAGUGCUAGCUUAUUGUCAGGAUUACAACAUAGUACUUAUGGUGGCUGUAAUUAUUGGUUUUGGAAAAGGUCUACGAACAGUAUUUAUGGCUCUUGUAAUUCCUACCCAUGUACCCCUACAUAAGCUGCCAGGUGCUACCGGGAUACAACUGUUAACGGCUGGACUUGUUUAUUUAACCUUGGGACCAGUUGUUGGCUGGAUAAAAGACAGUGCAUCCACGGCCGUCACACUACAUUGUCUUAAUAUAUUUACAUGGCUCACUGCAAUUUCCUGGGGGAUAGAGAAGUACUUCAUAGUGAGAAAACAGAAAAUCAAAGCUGAAUCGAUAAAAGCAAACGGACUUUGUGGACAAGUCUCAUUGUUCAAGAAAUGUGACGGUUUCCCACCCGGAAUCACUUUCGUUAAAAUGUCUCGUGCAAUGAAUAAAGUGCCACCCGAUGGAGGAUACGGAUGGGUUGUCACUUUCGCCUACGCGUUAAAUAAUGUGGUAGUACUGCCUCUAAUAGUAGCCUUCGGUUUGGUUUUUCAAGAAGCCUUUGAUGAAACUGGCUUAACUGCAACACAAGGAAGCCUCGUUAUCGUCCUAAACCAUGGAUUUGGAAUGCUUUUAUCGUUUUUUGGAGGACCAGUACUCUGUCGGUUUGGAUACAGAAAAGUGGCAGUGGUCGGUGCUUUAUUGGUCACAUCCGGCCUCAUAUUAACAGCCGUUGCGACCAACUUCUGGCUGUUUAUAAUCUCUUACAGUAUUAUUAAUUCUAUGGGGGUUGCAGCGGUUAUGGCAGCCUUUUCAUUAGCAAUAAAUUCAUACUUUAAAGAGAAAAGGGGACGAGCUGUCGGCAUCGGCAUGUCUAUAACAGGAUUAGGAGCCAUUUUUAUGCCAUUACUAAUGAGCGUUCUUAUAUAUGCGUACGGCUGGAGAUACGCCGUUCUUAUUUUAAGCGCCAUAUGUCUUCACUCCCUUUUAGCAGCAUGUUUACUUAGACCGGCUAAAUGGUACUUAAAGGAUCCCCAAAUAUCAGAAGAAAUGGUGCCACUAAAUAAGGAACUUAGCAUAGAGCUAGUCAAUGGCAGCUUUACGACAUCAUCAAAGCAAGGAAUUUAUUCGUCGAAUAAAUUAGACGAAUCUAUUGAAAAUGGUCUACCGCCCCCUAAAAGUGUUUCUAUGCGAGCCUUAAGUGGUUCUAAUGGAAUUAUCAACAGGAAUGCGAUUUCUCAUCCUGAUAUACGUAAAGAGACAUCCGAAAUGCCCCUUGCCGAGUCCAAAUAUAAGUGGUGGGAAUCUCAAGAAAUUAAUUUGGGCAGUUCCAUUAACAUAUUCAAUGAAAAAGACUAUGAUAAAAAAGAGAAAGAAUUAACAAAAGACUUCCCUGAAGAAAAAAAAUCAAAAGGAUUGGUACAGAAAUUUAUAGAUUUCUUCGAUCUAACUCUUUUGAAAGAUCCUAUAUUUGUAAAUAUAUUAAUUGGUUUAUCGAUGGCUUCUUGCGUCGAAACAAAUUUUUCCCUUUUACUGCCUAUUAUUCUCAAAGACAUGUUAAAAUUUGAGACGUCAGAUAUCGCGAUAAUUAUGGCCGUAAUAGGAUUCUCUGACACUCUGUUUCGACUUGUGUCAGCGUUUAUUGGAGAGUGGUGUCACAGGCCACCUCGAGUCAUGUAUGUGGUGUGCCUGAUUAUAAUCAUUUUUACAAGAACAAUAAUGCUGUUCACGACAACGUUUAGCGGCAUGCUCUUUGUAGCAUUUUUAAUAGGGGUGACUAAGGGUAUACGAACCGUGUACAUGAAUAUCAUAAUCCCAAGUUAUGUGCCUCUAGAGCGGCUGCCUUUCGCUUCCGGCAUUCAAAUGCUUUGUAAUGGCAUCGUAAUAACCACCAUCGGAUCGCUCUUAGGUCGCUUCCGUGACCUGUCUGGAUCAUACAGGAUGCCAAUUUUGGUUCUGAAUAUUGUUACAUUUUUGACAGUCAUCCUGUGGAGCGCUGAGUUUAUCUACUUCAGGAUUAAGAACAAAAAUAACGAACAAGUAUCUGAAUAGAAUGAUUUAUUGUCGGACCUUACAUUAGCUUAUUAUAUAUAGUUUUAGUUACGAUGUACAUAUUAUUUACUAAGAUAUACAUCACUUUAUGCUUUAUAACUUAUGUACAUAAAUGUUCGUAUUAUAAAUUGUACAAUACAUUAAUUUUAAACCUAAGAAGUCAUUUAUUUACAAAUUAUUUAUAUUUACAAGUGUGGGAUGUUAGUUAUUACUACGAUCGGUUAAUUACAUUUUGGAUACCAAAUAGGAAUAACCUUGCUUAUGUAUCUACAAGUUUCAGUUUGGUAAAAUAAAACGAAGAAAAAAUCCUUA